AUGUAUUUGAAACGUAAUUCAGUGAUUUCUCUGUAUUUGGAAGGAAAAGCGAACAUCGAAAUUCGUCGAGCGCUGCCAAAUCUUAAACUAAAUGAGAAAUUUGUACAUCGUACUAUCAAACGAUAUUCUGAGACUGGUAGCAUUAAGAAACGCUAUGGUGGAGGACGGCGUUGUACUGGAACGGCACCAGUAGUCGUCGUAAAGGUACGUCACCGAUUGGACAGAAAUCCAGCGCGCUCAGCAAAACAGCUCGCGCAGGAUCUAAACGUGAGCAACCGUAGUGUUCAUCGUAUAUUGAAAGAAAAGCUUAAGGUCAAACCAUUGAAAAAAAAAAACAUUUCUCAGAAACUCACAGCUUUGCAACGUAGUAAACGGUUAGAGCGAUCAAAAGAGCUGAUUCGCUCUGGCGAGCUUCCCAAUUUGGUGUUUUCGGAUGAGAAAACUUUCUGCGUUGAGCAGUUUCUUAACAAACAAAAUGACCGUGUAUGUUUGAAUGGACGUAUCAGUGACCAUGCGGACGAACUGCAAGUCACUCGACGUCAAGGAGCCGAUCAAAUCAUGGUCUGGGCGGCGGUGUCCGAAAAAGGCCGUUCACCGUUCGUUUUUCUCCCAAUGGGUCGCAACCAAGUCAAAAUAAAUCAGCAAAUCUAUCGAGACAAAGUCUUAUAUAUAUAA